AUGGGCAAGAAUGCGAAGUUUGUCAAACCUGAUAGGAUGUCUUUGCCUGAUAAAGGCGGUGUGCUCGCACCUGAAGACCAUUUAAAGGGAAAGCAUCGUGAUCUCUUCCUGCGGAUGGCCGAACAUGUGCCUGCAGUGGGCGAACCGAUUGUGGGCGUGAGAGCUUGUCACCGAGUAGCCAAGGCACAUGUUAGGGAAGUGUAUGACAGGCUUCUUGCAUCUGGAGUUGCGAAGCUCAUUCCCGCAAGUGAAGGGCUGUACGAUAGCCGCGGUGUGAUCAAUGACAGACGCCCGUUCAAUCGUCUCGAACGGAGAUUGGUUUGGGCCAAACUGCCGCAUGGCGCUUUGCUAACACAGGUCAUCUUAGAGGAUCACAUGUCCAUUCGUGCUAGUGGAGAUGAUUUGCAAAAUUUCUUUUACCUUUUGCGCCAUGUACCAGAAUGGCUUCCUAGAAACGUUGUCGGGGAGCCUGUGCCAGGGCAUUGGUUUAAAGAAUGGGGGUGUGACCCAGAUGGUAGCUAUGUCCUAGCUUUCACGGCCCUGUGCAUGGGGGACCUGAACGCAGUAGAUGUCGCUCAGCAGACGCACCUUGAGAUUUUGCGUGACUACGGCGUCAUGGCACAAGAGCACGUGCUGGAGUUCGACGCUCGGCUCCCUGCUUCGCCAACUUUAGAGGGUCUCUACAUUGAUGACCACAUCACUCUGCAGAUGUUCCCAAAAAAGAAAGCAGGCAGAAGUCGCAGAGAGCCGAUGUGGUCGAAAGACAGGGAAAUCGUCCGUAAAUCCCGCCGUGCCUACGAGGAGUUGUCUCUGCCCGUAAGCUUCAAGAAGAGGUUCACCGAACUCACCAGCUUCACUGCUUGGGGUACUCGUGUUGAUAGUCAAUCGGGUUAUGUAGGGACGCCUCCCGAAAAGUUACAUGUUCUGGCACAGCUAGUGUUGCAACUGUUGACCCUCGGCAUUGCCACCAAGAAGUGUUUGCAGCAAGUCGUUGGGUUGUUUGUACAUCCUUUCAUGCAUAGGCGAGCGUGCAUGGCCGUCUUCGGUGGCAUUUAUGGGUUCAUAGAUAGUCUCCCCGAGCACAGUAUGGCUAAGAUCCCAAGGGAAGCCGCUGAGGAACUCCUCGUUGCAGUGGCAGUCCUGCCUCUCGCAUAUGCGUGUGCGCGUUGGCCGCUCAGCCAGAGGCUUGCCGCAACCGAUGCCAGUGCAGAUGGAGGAGGAAGGUGUUCUGCCGUGGUACCGUACUGGGUAUCCCACCUAAUGUAUUUGUGUGCCGAGCAUAAGGGUGAGUAUACUCGGUUAAAUUGGUCAUCAGGUGAGUUGGCUCCUCCGUCAGCAAUGUGCAGACCGGACUUGCUCUUAGAACGCUUUGCCAAACUCCAGCAUUGGUUUGUUUCUGAUAAGGUGCGUUUUCGACGUAAACGGCACAUCAACUUGUUGGAGUUGAGCAUGAUCCGGCAUGAGCUCGCCGAAGCCGCAUCUCGCACAGCUCAGGGUUUGCGCAUGGUCAACCUGUGUGAUUCACGUGUUGCUUUAGGAGCCUUCGCAAAGGGUCGCUCUAGCAGCAAAGCCUUAAACCAGAUCUUGAGAUCAUGUUUGGUAUGGUCCCUUGCUGGGUCAAAGCUCCUUGUCAACCUUUGGAUACACACUGGCAGUAACCCCGCUGAUUACCCUUCACGUAACAAGCCCAUCCCAGAACCUUUGUGCCCUGAAGACGACGAGCUAAGCGCGCUAGGGUCCGAGUGGCAGGCGAUGCAAGGCAUUCGUAGUCAUGCUGGGUGCUGGGCUGCCGAUCCUGCGAUUCGCGUUGCGGGCGAGCCAAGGUCAGGCUUAGGGAAGGGUUUCGUGUAUAGGGAGGUUUUCGGUUUAGUGGAUGAUUUGUGCCGCGAAUUUAAAGGUGUAGGAGUGUUGGUCUCAAGCCCGUCCCUGCAUGAAACAGGAUCCGCUUUUGCUGGAGCGGUUUUCUCACGGUUGCUUGAGGAUGCCAGACGGCGAAAGCAGCUAUGGCAUUUUCGUUUGCCUGUGCCGCUGUGCGACGAGCUGCUGAGACAGGUGCUCGUGCUGUGUGAAAGGCUGCACGAAAACGGAAGCUUUUACACUUUCGAGCUCCCUGCACGUAGCGCGUCAUGGGCCCAACCCAACGUUGUCGAAGUUUUAGCUCGCACCCAGGCUGCAUGUGUCAAAGUCAAGCGCGCUGACCGCGUGGCAUGGACCUUCAAGUUCUCCAAGUAUUCAUGGGCAUACAGGCGUAGGCUCCUGCAGGGCGCCCUUUGCUUGCAAACCUAUCUACAGGAACAAGGUCUGCCGCCGUUGGCAAAGCUUGUGCGCCGCGCGGCAGUGAGCGACAAUGUGCUGCGUGAGUUUGUGAUAGACAGCCAUGUGACUUCGGCACCCUCUUCGAAGCGAGCCCUCAUGCUCUGCAAGCAUGCUGUGUUGUUCUGCCAGAUUAGUUGGCCUCGGCUUAAGCGAAACCUUCCAGAGACUUGGGCCUACCUCAACACAUGGGAGGAAGGUGUCCCAGCUCAGAUGCGCACUCCGCUGCCACUUCCAGUGCUGUUGGCCAUGUGCAUAUUGGCCCGCACCCUUGCUUGUCAGGUUUCAGGCAGUUCCGCCCAGCUGUGGCUCUGUCAUGCAGCGUUGCUUGAAGUAGCAUUUUUCAGCAUGCUCCGACCAGGGGAGCUGUUCAAGCUCCGUGUGGGUGACGUGGCCACCGUCAGCAGCUGGAACCUGGGUAUGCCCCAUUGCACGCUCAGGCUGCAUCGCCCCAAAAAUAGGCGCCAUAUGGGCUUCGAGCAGUUUGUCACACUUACCCACCCUAGUGCCUGUAACUGGUUGGCAGUCGUGACCCACGGCAGACGCAGUACUGAGCGGCUUUGGCCCUCAACUGCAGCUGAGUUUCGCGAGCGUUUCGCCUACCUGUUGCGAAAGCUGAAGCUGCAGGACGUUCGCUUGUCGCCUGCCAGUCUGCGCGCUGGGGGAGCCUCCUUCAAGUUCCAAAGCGGGGUCCCGAUUUCUAGUAUCAGGUUCCUAGGAAGAUGGGCUAGCGAGGCUGCGCUAAAGCAUUACAUACAAGGCGCCACUGCGCAACAGUUGCUUCUACGCAUGCCGCUGCCGGCCAUCACGAGGCUCAAGCGCUUGCUCCACCGCGGUUUCGAAGCUCUCAGUGUCCCACGAGCUCUCAGCAUAGGCUUGCCGCCCCAGCACUUGCUCAAGGUCAGCUUGUCCGUGCCUACUUCUGGCGAGGACGUGGUCGCAGCCUGCUACGCCUAUGGAGCCAUUGUCAAGGAUGGUCCGCUGAAGGGCGCUAGAUACCUGGAUGUGCCUGAGCAGCGCCUUGCCAAGGUGGCAAAGUCUUACAAGCACGAUGACCGUUUUCGUCAGUUUGCACGCAUGGCUACAGAAGCUCAGGCCGGCGACAAGGCUUCCUCAAACUCCGAAGGGGAAGUGCCUCCAGUUGCAAGGGUAGCGCGACGCCCAGCGGUUGGCUGGCGCUCGCGGUGCCACAGAGGUUUGCCGUGGUUAAGGUCGCUGCGGCAAGCCUUGCGCUGGUGCCUCGUGGUCUCCUUUCUAGUUCUGCUGUGCCGGCCAUUUGCUCUACGCUUUGCUGCUAAACUCAUUGGCGGGGUUUUGCGCCUAAUCGUGCGGAGGCUCCUCAGUCUCAUUGUGCUGGUCCUUGACCAAGUCUUUGAAGAGCUCAUCCUGCAGCUGGCCGUUGUGGUGGAGCCUGCCUCGCCUUUCCUCGCAGAUGGCCAGUGUCCGUCGAGCCCCACGCUAGGCGUGCUGCACCAGCUAGUCCUGUCUUCGGGCGGCGCCUUGGCAGGCGCUUUGAUUCAUUAUGUCUCUCAAAAGCUGCGCACCCGGCCGGUUUUGCGCCUUUAG